CUCUCUCUCUCUCUGCAUCCUGGUGGCCCUGAGCCUGAUUGCGUGUGGUGGGAGGGGACAGCUUGGUGCCCUCACCCACCUUGUUGUGUGUUCUCAGGCUAUCCUGUACCCAUGGGCCAUCAGUGCAGGCCUGAGCAGGCUUGGGAUGUUUGUAAACAGCCGGGUGGGGAGGCAGCCUCCAGGGCACUGACUCAGGCACCUUGGGUUGUGCAAGCCAAGCGGGAAAAACAGGGCAGGCACUGCCACCUCGCACCCCAACCCAAGUUGGGGGAAUCAGCCACCUGGCAGGGAGAGGGUGGGGCAUGGUGCCCCUCACACUUCCUAUGGCUGCUGUUCCAGGCUCAUAUUUGGGAUGCUGUAUCCUGCAUAUGCUUCCUACAAGGCUGUGAAGAGCAAGAACAUUCGAGAAUAUGUCCGGUGGAUGAUGUACUGGAUCGUCUUUGCAAUCUUCAUGGCAGCAGAGACCUUCACGGACGUCUUCAUUUCCUGGUUCCCUUUUUACUAUGAGAUCAAGAUGGCCUUCGUGCUGUGGCUGCUCUCGCCUUACACCAAGGGGGCCAGCCUGCUUUACCGAAAGUUUGUCCACCCGUCCCUAUCCCGCCAUGAGAAGGAGAUUGAUGCGUGCAUUGUGCAGGCAAGGGAGCGCAGCUACGAGACCAUGCUGAGCUUCGGGAAGCGGGGCCUCAACAUCGCUGCCUCG